UGAAAUUGUAGGCUGAGCUUCAAGAACUCAGUCCUCUGUUUCAACCAGAGAUAUAAUGAGAGUUCUCCCUGUCACUCCCCUUUGGUGAGAUAACCGGGGGUGGCAGCAGCCGUGCUUUUGUCCCCAUUGGCCCACCAGUGUAAGAACACCACCCAAGGAGUGCUGACUUUCCCUGCCAUAGCUGUGGAGCCUGCAUCCAGGAGGGAGGAGAUCCUCGAGGAGAAAGACCUCAGCUGCCUCAUCUGCUCUGCACACAAGGCUUGCUCUGACAGAAGGAUCAAGACUGAUUGGUAACUCUUACUCCAACAAAAACAAGGUUGUGAAUGACCCAAAGCUGCCACCAAAAUGACCUUCGCCAUGGAUUCAUGUUGGCCCCGAUGGCAGUGGCGAGUCCAAGAUGGCACAUCCCAGUCUCCAACAGAAACCACCCCACUGCUGUCUCCAGAGAGAGAGACUCAGAGCGCCAGCCUGGCUCAGCAGCGGGUUGUGUUCCCCAACAAUUGCGUGUGCCAGCAGGACUGGGAGAAGAUCUCCAGGAGCUACUCAGGCAACAGGAUCUGCACCACCAAAUACACUCUUCUCACUUUCCUGCCCCAGAAUCUCUUCGAGCAGUUUCACAGGUGGGCUAACCUGUAUUUCCUGCUCCUGGUCAUUCUGAACUGGAUACCUUCUAUGGAAGUCUUCCACAGGGAGAUUACCAUGUUACCUUUGGCCAUCGUCUUGUUCAUCAUCAUGGUUAAAGAUGGCAUGGAAGACUUCAGGAGACACCGUUUUGAUGCAGAGAUAAAUGGUUCCAGCGUUCAAAUAUAUGAAAGGAGAGAGCAGAGCUUCGUGCAGAAGCGCUGGAAGGAUGUGCGCGUGGGAGACUUCGUCCAAAUGCAGUGCAAUGAGGUCAUCCCCGCAGACAUCCUGCUCCUCUUCUCCUCGGACCCCAGUGGGAUCUGCCACCUGGAAACUGCCAACCUGGAUGGGGAGACGAACCUCAAGCAGCGAUGUGUGGUGAAGGGCUUCUCACAGCAGGAGGGACAGUUCCAACCAGAGCACUUCCACAACACCAUCGUGUGUGAAAAACCCAACAAUCACCUCAACAAAUUCAAAGGCUACAUGGAGCAUCCUGACAAGACCAGGACUGGCUUCAGCAGUGAGAGUCUUCUGCUUCGAGGCUGCACCAUCAGAAACACCGAGGUGGCUGUGGGCAUUGUCAUCUAUACAGGCCACGAGACAAAAGCCAUGCUGAACAACAGUGGCCCACGGUACAAACGCAGCAAAAUUGAGCGGCGGAUGAACACGGAUGUCUUCUUCUGCAUCGGGAUCCUCUUCCUCAUGUGCCUCAGUGGUGCCGUAGGUCACAGUGUCUGGAACGGGACCUUUAAAGAACACCCUCCCUUCGAUGUGCCAGAUCCCGGUGGCGACUUCCUUACCCCGGCCCUUGCGGGCUUCUACAUGUUCCUGACCAUGAUCAUCCUGCUCCAGGUGCUGAUCCCCAUAUCUCUGUAUGUAUCUAUUGAGCUGGUGAAGCUUGGGCAGGUUUUCUUUCUACACCAUGACCUUGACCUGUACGAUGAAGAGUCUGAUCUGCCCAUUCAGUGCCGAGCUCUCAACAUCACAGAAGACCUGGGCCAGAUUCAAUAUAUCUUCUCUGACAAGACGGGAACUCUAACAGAGAACAAGAUGGUCUUCAGACGUUGCACCAUCAUGGGUAGCGAGUACUGUCACCAAGAAAAUGCCAAGCGACUGGAGACCCUAAAGGAGGUGGACUCAGACAGUGAAGAGUGGACCCAGUACCAGUGCCUGUCAUUCCCAGCGAGAUGGACCCCGGGGCCAGCAACGAUGAGAAGCCAAGGGGGCAGCCAGCCUCUGAGGAGGAGUCAGAGUGCCCGGGUGCCCAUCCAGGGUCACUCCCGACAAAGGUCUGUAGGGCGCCGUGAAAGCUCACAGCCGCCCGUGGCCUUCAGCAGCUCCAUAGAGAAAGAUGUGACUCCAGAUAAAAACCUACUGACCAAGGUGCAAGAUGCUGCGCUAUGGCUGGAGUCUUUGUCGGAUGCCAAACCUGACAAACCGUCCAACUCCACCACGUCCUCCAUUGCAGAUUUUUUCCUUGCCCUAGCAAUCUGCAACUCCGUGAUGGUGUCUACAACUACCGAGCCCAGACAGAGGGUCACCAUCCCCCCCUCCAACAAGGCUGUGGGGACAUCCCUGGAGAAGAUUCAGCAGCUUUUCCAGAGGCUGAAACUAAUGAGCCUCAGUCAGUCGUUCUCAUCCACUGCACCAUCUGAUACAGACCUGGGGGAGAGUUUGGGGGCCAAUGGACCCGCCACGGACUCAGAUGAGAAAGAUGACACAUCUGUGGACAGCGGCGACUACUCCACUGACGGUGGCUAUAGGAGCAGCACAUGGGACCAGGGUGACAUCCUGGGGUCUGGGUCAAGUGCUUCCUUGGAAAAGAUAAUGGAGGCCCCAGACCGUGGCCAGGCUACACCUGACCUGUGCUACGAGGCUGAGAGCCCUGACGAGGCAGCCCUGGUGCAUGCUGCGCAUGCCUACAGCUUCACGCUGGUGUCCCGGACACCAGAGCAGGUGACCGUGCGCCUGCCCCAGGGCAUCUGCCUCACCUUUGACCUCCUCUUCACCCUGGGCUUUGACUCUGUCAGAAAGAGAAUGUCGGUGGUUGUGAGGCACCCACUGACCAAUGAGAUCAUCGUCUACACCAAGGGGGCUGACUCGGUCAUCAUGGACCUGCUGGAAGACCCAGCCUGUGUGACUGACACUGACUUGGGGAAGAAGAUGAGGAAAAUCCAAGCCCGGACCCAAAAACAUCUAGAUUUGUAUGCAAGAGACGGCCUGCGCACCCUGUGUAUCGCCAAGAAGGUCAUAAGUGAAGAGGACUUUCAGAGAUGGGCCAAUUUCCGGCGCCAGGCCGAGGCAUCUUUUGACAACCGAGAUGAGCUUCUAAUGGAGACAGCACAGCAUCUGGAGAACCAGCUCACCUUACUCGGAGCCACUGGGAUCGAAGAUCGGCUACAGGAAGGCGUUCCAGACACCAUCGCCGCUCUACGCGAGGCUGGGAUCCAGCUCUGGGUCUUGACUGGAGACAAGCAGGAGACGGCAGUCAACAUCGCCUAUUCCUGCAGACUGUUAAGUCAAAUGGACACCGUUUACUCCAUUAACACAGAGAGUCAGGAAACCUGUGAAUCCAUCCUCAACUGUGCCCUGGAAGAAGUAAAGCAGUUCCACCAAGUACAGAAGCCAGAUCGCAAGCUCUUUGGGUUCCGCCUACCUUCCAAAACACCACCCACCACCUCAGGAGUCCCAGAUACUGGAUUGGUCAUAGAUGGGAAGACGCUGAAUAUCAUUUUCCAAGGCAAGCUAGAGAAGAAGUUCCUGGAGCUGACUCAGUACUGCCGAUCUGUCCUGUGUUGCCGCUCCACCCCACUCCAGAAGAGUAUGAUUGUCAAGCUGGUGCGCGACAAGUUGAGCGUGAUGACCCUUUCCAUAGGUGACGGAGCAAAUGACGUAAGCAUGAUUCAAGCUGCUGAUAUCGGCAUUGGGAUUUCUGGACAGGAAGGCAUGCAGGCUGUCAUGUCCAGCGAUUUUGCCAUCUCCCGCUUCAGACACCUCAAGAAGCUGCUGCUCGUGCAUGGCCACUGGUGUUACUCACGCCUGGCCAGGAUGGUGGUGUACUUCUUCUAUAAGAACGUGUGCUACGUCAACCUGCUCUUCUGGUACCAGUUCUUCUGCGGCUUCUCCGGCUCCACCAUGAUCGACUACUGGCAGAUGAUAUUCUUCAAUCUCUUCUUCACUUCUUUGCCUCCAAUCAUCUUCGGAAUCCUCGAUAAAGACAUCUCUGCAGAAACACUCCUGGAGUUGCCUGAGCUGUACAAGAAUGGCCAGAACUCUGAGUGUUACAACCUAUCAACUUUCUGGAUUUCCAUGAUGGAUGCAUUCUACCAGAGCCUCAUCUGUUUCUUUAUUCCUUACCUGACCUACAAAGACUCUGAUAUCGAUGUCUUCACGUUUGGAACUCCGAUCAACACCAUCUCCCUCAUCACAAUCCUCUUGCACCAAGCAAUGGAAAUGAAGACGUGGACCUACAUCCAUGGGCUCGUCCUCCUGGGCAGCUUCCUGCUGUAUUUUGUGGUGUCGCUGCUGUACAACGCCAUCUGUGUCACCUGUAACAGUCCCGCCAACCCCUACUGGGUGAUGGAAAACCAGCUCUCAGACCCCACCUUCUACCUCCUGUGCUUCCUCACCCCGGUCGUGGCUCUACUCCCAAGGUACUUCUUCCUGUCUGUCCAAGGCACUUAUGGGAAGUCUCUCAUCUCAAAAGCUGAGAAAAUUGACAAACUGCCUGAGGAUAAAAGAAACCUGGAGAUCCAGAGCUGGAGAAGCAAGCAGAGGCCUGCUCCUGUCACUGAAGUGGCUCAGACUCCCCACCGCCCAGCACCACCCGUCCCACAGCAGGACUUCAGAACCAGCACCCCGAAGAGCUCCAGCCCCCCCAAGCGGAUGCUCCACGGACAGAGAGGCAGCAGAGAGGGCAGGGGGGAGGACCCAUGCUUGGGGAGCCCCUUGACUAAACUGUCACCUGGUCAGCACCUUCUGGAGCCUCACAGGACACUGGUUCCUGACGCCUACUCCAGGGAUCAGAAUGACGUGCGCCGACCCUUGAGCAGAGGCAGCCAUCGCCGCUCCCAGAGCUCACUGACCAUCUGAGCGGGCUGCAGCCACCUGCCCACACUGGAAAGAUCUCUGUCACCGACCCAGACAUCCAGGACCCUCCCUGUCCACAGAGGAAAGGAUCUGCCAGCCCUUUUCUUCCCUCUCUACUAGACUUGAUUUCCUAAGAGCAAGUACUGGCUCAAGGAGUUUGACCAAGAAAGAAAAAGAAACAAAGAAAGACUGAAAAACUAGUUUACCUCCAGUUUUUCUUUUGCUGGCAGGCAGCGAAUCUUACAAACGGAGUUUACAUAGAAAACUACGUUUCUGUUGCGUUUCAUUUUGCAAGUUUUUAGCCCAAACACAUUCUCAUCACUUUCUAGCUAACUAAAGCCUGCAGCACAAUGGAACUAGCCAUGGGAUUCCAGGAAGCGUAUCAGCCUGGGCAGGAUCAGCCCGGGAAGUCACUGGGCUUGUCACUCCAUCACCUCACCCCUCCGUGUCAGGAGCUCAAAUCUCAGAAGACACCUGCACACGAGGGCUUCAUCUCAAGGCUGCAGUGAUGGCUCAGAAAGGUUCAGCAUCCCUCCCGUCACCGAGGGUUGGGUCUGCUUUUGGUCUCUGACCCACGGAAACCACACCUACCUAUGAAAACUAGAUUUGAAUUCAGUACCACAGACACUUUUGAGGAUUGUAGAUUCAUAACUAGUGUAAGAGGCUAGAAGAACAUAUAUGCUAAAGGGAACUCGGGCUCCUGAGAUCCCUGUUGUAACUAAUGUACAACACAUCCUAUGUGUUACCACACAAGGGAUCAUCCAAGCAGUUACAAGUACUCUUUCCCUAAAAUUGUUUUUUAUUUUAAAAUAAAAUUACCCAUCCUCAUUUAGUUCACAGAACAGAAAAACUCAAAGUUCUGGAGAUAUUAGCACAUAGACCCUCAUAAUAGCCCCAUAUGCUACAGGAACUCAGGCCAAACAAUGGCAUCUUAAGGGGUAUGGCUACUGUUAAGCCCUACACCUGUUUAGCUCAUCCAAAAUUAUGGUACUGCCACCAGGAUAACACUGACCCAUGCUUCAGUUAAAUUAAGGAGUCCUGGGAAGUCUUACUUCAUAAGGAACAAGUACUUCACACAUCCCUAUCUUACCAAAAAUGUUCAAUAGCUCAAAAUAGUUUUAAAUAAAAGGGUGACAGAAUAUAAAAUUCUAAUGAGGUGUGUCAAGAGCAAGUAGGUCUGUGGUGGGCACCAAUACCUAUUCUUAAUCUUUUAAAGACAAGGAGUUCCUGAACCCUCCCCUGCUUACAUUAGUGCCUAUAGACUGGGAGAAAGUGUGACAACUAUUUGAGCCCAUGAGUAAAAGCCACCAACCAUGAAUUAGCCUCUCACUUGAGUAAAGAUACCUCAGAAAGAGGCCCAAACUCAGCUCAACAAUCAGGGUAGCCAAUGGCAGACUGAGCUGACCAUUCCCUGGAAAAUGUGGACUUAGCCAUUUGGACUAUCAUGGUAGAGCCCAUACUUACACUGUAUUUCCCAUACCUCCUCUGCCAUACAAUGAUGCCAGCACCAACCAGCAGUGGACACUCUGUGCAUGCUAUGUGAAGAUAGAGGGAAGGGAUAGAAACAUACCAUGCAAAGCAGUAAGCAUCUGAACCUUUUAUAAGUGAGAAAAUCAGUCAAAACUUGGCACCAGGCUCCUUCCUUUCCCCACGUAAUUCCUGCCUAUUACUAAUAGACCCAGAUAGGAGUUGUCAGAAAAGUAAACAGGAGAUAUGAAUUUGUCUUUGUUCUUUCCCUGUAUUCUUUGGGAUCCAGGAGCCCUGAAGUAGGGUUCCAUACUUCCAAAUCAGGUUAGAAUUGUCCUUUGGCAUAUGGAUCAAAUCCAAACUACAUGGGGCUGGGGAUUUAGCUCAGCGGCAUAAGUGCCUGCCUUGCAAGCAUGCAGUCAUGAGUUUGAUCCCUGAUACCGAUAAAAAGAAAAAAAAAAUUACAUGAAACCCAAUGAUGGGACUCUUUGAAUGCAGUAACACUCUGUAAUAGCACUCAGUAUUUUUGCUUCACAAUGAAGGGGGAAAGAGAUGAUGGGAAAGUUUAAAAAUGUCUGUGAUCUCUACCUACAUACCAAACUGAGUCCAGUGUUCUGAUACUACUAUUCUCUUGCAUGAUGAGCCAUCCCAGUUUGCCUAGGACCUUUCCAUUUUUUACAAGUUCAAUAGCCUGAGAAACUGGGCCAACUGGUCACCCACUCUUGCCAUCCUUUGUAAACCAAACCAACUGUGACCAUCCACUGUGCCAUCUUAUUCAGAGGAAAAAGUUGUAACAACUAUUCCUCUGUAAUAUAAUGCUAAUGAUUGUACUUAGUACAUUUUUAUACAUGUGUAAUCUUUUACUGACUGGACAUAUUUUUUAAAAAAAAUAAACACGGUUUCCAUAA